AAAUCAAAAUCGAAAUCUUUGCGUGCAAAAUUGCUGAAAGUGUCUUUCCUUCAAAGCUACGCAGGAACGAUGCUUGCAUUUCGUUUUAAAACUCUGUAAACAGGUUGAUGGAUGCUUUGAAAAGACAUGGUCUAAAUAUGAAUGCACAAUAUGACAAUUGUGAAACAUCAAUUUGUUUAAUCAUGUGAUCAUUUCGAAAGCGUUUAGAUUUUCACUGCGCUUGAAUCAGUUCCUGUAUGUGGGGUAUAUACUAAAAAAAAAAAGUUAACGCGGAAAAUCAACAAAUAUAUAAAAGAAAGGAGAUUGGGGGGAACCGGGUGUUUAAGAUCAGCGCACUGGUACUCAGGAUGCAGCGUUUAAUGAGCAUCCCAGAUGUGUCCUGUUCACACUUUUACCCGGAAAGUUCAAGCGUUCGGGAAAGUGUUUCUCCACGCGCCAGUCCCUCCCCCGUGGGUUGUAGUGAAGGAGAAGGAGGAGGAGGAGAUACUCCAUAUAAACAGCAAAAACUCAUAGGCAGAACAACCAGUUUGAGCAAAGGCUGGAGCAAUGACUGUUGGAUCGGCAUCCCCCAUAGACAAGAAGCUCUCCAAGUCCAGAUUUUCCAAACUGAAAGCAAACCUGCCAUUUUUCAGAAGGAAUUCCCAUGUUCAUGCCCAUACCCAUGUUGACCAAAACCCAUCAGAGGUUCUGUUAACUUUUCAGCAGAACCUAGAGCAGAAUCAGUUUUCAGUAGCAGGGAAGCAGCUGAUAUGUCGAGAGGAGCGUUUGUUUGCACUGAAACAAGAAGGCGUGGAAUCCAACAAAUGCAUGUUGGAGGAAGAGGAAGAAGAUGCGGAGGAAAAACUGAAACAAAACUUUAAAGACUUGUUAACGAAAGUCAUGUCAACAGUUGAGAGAUCUCUUGAUGUUCAAACUAAUGAAGAGAAAGAAUUUCUAAAAGAGGCAAUCUUAGCCAUAGACCAGGAGGAGGAGCAGGACAGGAGAUGGGAUGGGGUUGGAGAAAAUGAGCGUCCUCCAUGGAGGCCGAGGUGUUGCAGACAGGAUCAUGAUCGCCUGAUUCAGGAUAUGGUUAUACAGCGGAUGGAGAAGGCACAGCUAGAUUCAAAUGUCAACAUUACAUCUUCGAUUAAAAAGGAGAUCACUGCCAAGGCAAAACAACUAAAAGAAGACCUGCUCAAAAUUGUAAGAAAUGUGAGGAGCUGCUACCCAAAUGAGAACGUGUGCCAACUAUAUGCUGAAUUAUACCAUCAGCUUUUUAGUGCCAGUCUCAUGGAAAUUGCUAAAUUUGGAAUAGUUGAUGACGACUGCAUAUAUGUGCUACAGUGGGUGAACAGUCUUUACCCUCAGAUUCUAAAGUAUAAUGAGCUUUCAGAGGUAAUUAAACAUGAAGAUCUGAAGCCAGUACUCCCUGAUGAUGUCCUUGAGCCAUUGGAGAAGCAGUUUUUGUUCAGUAAAGAGAGUGAGCUGCAGACAUUGUGUCAAACAGUCAUAAACAGAGAGAAGAAUUAUAUUCCUGAACUGAGGGAUGAUUGCUACAUAAGCCAUCUGGCUACUGAUAUAAUUCAGUGUGUCAAUGCUCUUCUAAAAUUAUCUAGGGACGUGCUGGGCUCUUGGUCAAAAACCCAAAGAAUCACACACCCGAUAAAACAAUUUCUUAUUAAUUACCACCAUUUCCUUGAGAAAGUGAUUGAGGAAAAUCAGGCAAAUGCUGAUGCCACAUUGAAGGCCAACCUACAGUGUAUCCUAGAGCUCAGGAAUUACAUUAUGAUGAAUCUAGAGCCCUUCCCCCAAGACAUCAGGAAUGACUGUAUAGAUAUUCUGGAUCAGACAAGAGACACAUGCCACAGAUACUUUACCAAUCCGAUCCAGAAGGAUCUGAAGUGGCUAUACUUCAAACUGGGUACCAAAGAAUGGCUUAAAGACAAUGAAUAUGUGUGCGGUGAAUUGCUCAAAGGGGUGCAAAGACACAUUGAUGAAAUAAGACUUCUAAAUGAAGCAUCCUUUAAGGAUUUGGUCAGCAAGCUUCAUGAACAAGUUUUGGCUGAGUAUGUGAGAAAAAUGAUGAAGAAGAAGACCAGGUUUAAAGAUCAGCAGAAACAAAAACUGGCAGCUGAAAGACUAGUCACAAAUAGUCAGAAAAUACACACUCUGUUUACCGAGGCUGGGUCAAACAUGAAGGGACUGGAAAAGAUCUUACCAAGUCUAGCUGAACUGCUGACAAUACAAGAUCCACACUGCAUUGUACUCCAUCUGGCCACCCUCUCUAAAACUUACCCAGAUCUCAGUGAAGCCCAUGUCUCUGCUUGGCUAUACCUUAAGGCAACUCUCUCUGCUUCAGACCUGAAAGAUAUUAAGAAGACCUUUGCUAUUUGUAAUGCCCAGAAUUUAGAAAGUGCUGUGGAUGGCAAGGAACCUCUUUAUUCAAGCAGGAGUUUCUUUUCCAAGGUAGUCAUUAGGUAAAUCCUCUGUACUGUAAAAUUACAAAUGUUUUUAAUUCUAAUGCUGGAUGUUGUAUUUAUAAUUGUGUUGUGCAGUGUCAUGUGGUGAUGUAAAUAAAUUUUAAGGAAAUUUACUCCA